UCCUCUCUCACUCCCUCUCUCGCUCUCCCUUCUCUACCUCUGGCACUCUCGCUCAGUCAGAGGGGAUCCUCCGUAACCAGCUGUAGCUCAGUGUGAUCCUCACUUCUCAUCAUCUUUUCACUGAUGUUUUUCCCUUCUUUUCUCUCUCUCUCUCUCUCUCUCUCUCUCCCCUGAAUUGAGUUUGUCGGCUGCUGAUGUUGAUGCUGACAUUCAGCAUUUGGAUGCUUACCUAGGCAACAGAACUUUUCAUGCGCCUAUCGGUGCACCUUUGCCGUUAAUCCAGACACUUUGGAUUGUGUUUUUCCUUUGAUUUUGAGACAAGUCCGUGAUGAAAGGCUUUUUCUCAUAGUGGAUGAUUCGUUUUGCCUUUUUUCCCCACUUCUCAAGACUUCUGGGUGGUAGACUUUUUUUUUUCUCUUUUGUUCCACCUGUGCCUCUGUAGACUCUCCAGGGAGUUUUAUGGAGUGUGAAAUUUGUCCAGUAAGUGAGAAGUUUGGAUGGAGCAAAGUGGGACAAAGCAUGGCUGAUGGGACGGCAUCCGACUGUUGAAGCUUUCUGGUUGGGAAGGCAGUCCAGAAAUGACGACAGUGUCCAUGGAGCCUGUCGGGGUCCUGGUGGACCGGGGCGCCAACGCCACCGACCCGCCUCUGACCUCCCAUGAAGACACAGCCGCCACCUUCACCAUCGGCACCAUCCUCUCCAUCAUGUGCCUUGUCGGAGUCUUAGGGAACAUCUACACCCUGGUGGUCAUGUGCCACUCCAUGAGGACAGCUGCCUCGAUGUACAUUUACAUCAUAAACCUGGCGCUGGCAGACCUGCUUUACCUCCUCACCAUCCCCUUCGUGGUGUGCACACACUUCCUCAAGGGAUGGUACUUUGGGGACGCAGGGUGUCGGAUUCUGAUCAGCAUGGACUUCCUCACCAUGCACGCCAGCAUCUUCACGCUGACAAUCAUGAGCACGGAGCGCUACUUCGCCGUGCUAAAACCGCUCGACACCGUCAAGCGGUCCAAAAGUUACCGGAAGGCUAUCGCCCUGCUGGUGUGGGCGGCCUCGCUGAUCCUCACCUUGCCGAUGAUUGUGAGGAUUCAGCUGAUGACGGUGGGCACCAAGGCCAUGUGUCAGCCUACCCUGUCGCCGUCCUCCUACAAGGUUUACAUCUCUUUCCUGUUUUGCACUAGCAUUGUGGCUCCGGGACUCAUCAUCGGCUAUCUCUACAUCCAGCUAGCACGCACUUAUUGGAUUUCACAGACAGAGACCUUCAAACAGACCAAGAAACUGCCUAAUCAAAAGGUGCUCUACUUGAUCUUCACCAUUGUGCUCCUCUUCUGGGCGUGCUUCCUGCCCUUCUGGAUCUGGCAGCUGUGCCAGUUCCACCCCUUGGUGUCCCUCUCGCCCAAAGCCAAGCGCAACAUCAACUACCUGACCACGUGCCUGACGUACUCCAACAGCUGCAUCAACCCCUUCCUCUACACGCUGCUCACCAAGAACUACAAGGAGUACCUGAGGAAGCACAAGCGCUCGUGGUCGGCCGGCAACUACUUCAACCGGCGCAGUCGGUUCCAGCGCUCGCCGCGGAGGUCGCCGUCCGCCAGCAGCCAGCAGUGCACCGAGAGCUUCAUGCUCACGCACACGGCCUCGCUGCGAGCUCACAACAGCAGCUUGUGAGGUACGACCGAGCCGAGGAAGCUGUCGGGAGGGAAGGGCGAGGAAACCAACGGCGGGCCGGCGUCCUCGCACCGCCGACGGGACAAGACAGCGUGCCGAUACGUGCUGCUGCAGCGGGGACGGAUCGAAGGUCUCGCAGGGUGCAGCUGCUGGAGACUGUGUACAUAACAACCCCCCCCCCCUCAUGUGUACAUUCAUCAUCAGCGUCUUGCACAGCUAAUGGAUGUGUUCUCUCGACUCCUCUGACCCUCGUACUUUCUGCAUGCGAUUCGUUCAGACUUUUAAAUCUUGUGACAGGAAGGCGCACGUGUACAGAGCAGGGGAGCAACGUCGCCGACGCUGAAGAGAUGCGGAGGGCAACGGGACUGCAACGCAAGGAGGCAUCAGGGGCUCCAUUUAUGAAGACUAAAAAAAAAUAAUAAAAACACACGCAUGAAGGCUUUCGCUGCUGCUGGAGUGUGUCGGGGAAUACAGUUAUUUGCUUCUUUCACUGCAACGACUCGGGAAACCCGACAGCUUAAUGCGCGAGCAGGAGCUGGCUGCUGCAAACACGUGUGCAAAAGGAAGAAGACAAAAGGGACCAAAAUUAGCAACACUAGAGAUAGCUGGCGUACUUUAAGAAGUUUUAGUUGUAUUUUAGUUUUCCCCACUUCAACAAACCUGUCAUUCUCCAUACACACUGUUAUAGCAGAUAGCCGUUUAAAUGGUCUAAAAAAAUUCACUACAUAUUCAUAGCCAUAUUAAGCAUUGAAUGACUUUAGACGAGUUCCCAAAGUUGUUUGGGUUGAAAAAUGUAUUUCUUUUUUUUCACUGCUCAGUUCAAAGUUCAGAGUUGAAUUGACAACUGUAUGUUUCAUGAGUCGAGCAAAAUGUAACUUAGCUCCAUUACGGAAGGUAUCGCAAGGAAGUUACCACUAGAAUUCCAUUAUAUGGGAUAAAAUCUUCACCAGACAAACACAUUUCCCAAAAUUUUGUAUUUAAUAUUUAUUGAUAUAAACCAUAUGACCGGCAAUGCCAAUACCAAAACGUUUGGGAUGAUAUAAAUCCAGGAUUAAAUGAUAUGCACUUACGAAACUAGCUUUUUAAUUUGUGUUUUUAUGGUUUGAUGAAAUGGUAAAAAUGUCCUUCUUGCAACAUAAAUCUCUCCCGUCUUUUGGCUGCUCCCAACAAACAGAUUUAUUUCUAUGGUCCACUGUAAAUAAAAUAUGAGUUCAUGACAAUUGCAAAUCAUUGUAUCCUCUUUUUAUUUGCACUUUAUGCAUUUUUCACAACUUUUUGAGUUGAGCUUGGAGAGCUUCUAUCAAAUGCAGUUUAACUAAUAAGACAGGCAAGGUGUAAAAACUGAAUUCUCAAAGUUUAAAGGUGUUUUAUUGAGAGUUUAUGGUUUAUAAUAUGAAGGAGUGAUUCCACAAGCAAAGGCAACAUACAAACUGUACAUACUGUAUAUCAGCAGCAUGCUACCUUUCAUUAGAGAUCCUUGUUAGUCUUAAAUAUCCAAUACAAUCACAACAACAUUACAACCAGCCAGCGUGAGCUCACCAAACACAAACAAACAAGAAAAAUCCAUAGUUUAAAGAUAACUUUUAGACGCAGGACUGGAUUGAUGUACCGGUAUAUUCCUGAAAAAAAAAAGAAGCUAUGAUGUGAUUACUUUUACAUGGACUUUGUUUCCCAUGUUUCCUGUUUUCAGUCUCGGUGUGGGACGGCGGCGCUGCCGAUAACAUAGUAUUCACUCGAGCGACGUGAGGGCGGCACCAAUCUUCUCCCCCAUCUCACUCUCUGUGAGAAAGCAAAUCACUGCACUUCCCCAACAUGUCUGAACAAUUCCUUUAAGACUCAAGACUAUUUUAAGCACUGUUUGUUUAAAAAAGAAGAAGAAGAAGAAAAGAAAGCAUGUCUCUCGCCAGUCCGUCCUAAUAAUAACAACUCCUGAACUGUUUUUUCACCUCUGACAACAUUUCAGACUCUCGGAUCGUCAUCAACCAAAGGUACAGCUGCAGUUUUUGGGCUUCUGUCGUCAUGGUGCUGUUCUCUCUGUGUAAACACAGCAAGGCUGGGGACGUCCUGCCUUUUUCCUCACUUCACACAACAAAAAAGACCAAAACCAACAAGUUUACCAAACCUGUCAUUUGUACAGAAUCUCCAACAGCAACACUCCUGUACAGCGGAGCUAAUAGCAUUGGACUAAAAAGACAUUAAAAACAUACCGACGAGGGGGAAAAAAAAAAAAGAUUACCCCCUAUAUAUGAUGUAUUUCUACUGUUUACAGAUGUGUUUGGAGUUUCCUGUCACAGCUUGUUUUCUGCUGCCACUCGGUGCUGUCGGUUUCCCCAAACGAACCGGCGACAACACUAGCGAAAAGCCCCAAGUGCUUCUUGUGUACGUGUGAGUUCUCUCAGGUGUGUGAGGCUCCCCCGAGGCCUCUGCUGUCGUCCAGGGCCAGUUUUGAUCGUUUUAUGGCUUCCUCCUCCUCCUCCUCCUCCUCCUCCUCUACAAGACGCAACACAAAAGGGCAGGAGUGGAGUUGCAGGUGGGAGCCUUGGCAUGUCCAUUGAUUUAAUUCCCGCCGCAGCAGGGGACAAGCCGCAAACAUCGUCUGGCUAAUGCAUAUUUAACCAGCCUAUCCUCAGAGGAGAGCCCACCCUGAGGGGGGAGGAAGGGCGCUUUCACAUGCAGAAGCUUUACAGAAAAAAAAAAAAAAGAGAGAGGCAGAAGAACCUUCCACUGAUAUCACGGUGGCAUCUGAA